UUUGGCCCAAGCGUCUGACGCAAGUCUUCGAGAGACUGGUGGAGUCUGCGGUCGGCUUGCUGAAGCGGGAUGAGUUUUUCCAGGAACGCGGCCGCGCUGUUUUGUGCAGUGGUCGCAUAUUUUGUUGGUUCCAAGCUGUCCUUACGAGAAGAUGCUUGGUACAGAUUCACGACGUCACUAGUUGCGGUGAAAGCGAUCGCAUCCAUGCCUGAGUCGAAGCUGGAGAGGUUCUUGCUGUCGUACAGGAUGUUCGAGAAGGACCAGUUCGUGGGCGACCCCGACGAGGUCGGGCUGCUGACCGACUACUACAGCGUGCUGAACCAUUUGUGCGCCAUUGGGAAUUUCGAGAAGAUGUAUCUGCCACCCUUCUACGACGCUCAGAGGGACGUCUACGAGAAUCAGAAGAUAUAUGAGAAGAAAAUGGCAGACUGGUUGGGCAUCGGCCCUGGAGACAAGGCGCUGGACAUCGGUUGCGGCCGCGGUCGGAUCGCACACCACGUCGCAUCUUACACAGGCGCGCACGUGACUGGCAUUAACGUGGACCAGGAGCAAAUCAAUCUCGCCAGGGCGUACGCCAGGGACACGGGUCUGCUAGGGAAAUUGGUGGAUUUCAAGGAGGCCAACUACAACGAUCCACUUCCAUUUCCGGACAACCACUUCGACGCUGUCUACUACGUCCAGGUCCUGAGCUACUCUACCAACCUUACCGCGUUCUUCAAGGAGGUGAUGCGCGUGGUCAAGCCUGGGGGCAAGGUGGCCUUCGAGGAUUAUGUUCUUGGCACGGAGUACAAUGGCAGCGUUGCAAGGCACGUGGAGCUAAAGAAAUUGUACGAGCCUGUCCUCGGGGGUGUCGAGACAAGUCACCCCGCUGUCUUCAAGGCUGCCGUGGAGGCCGCCGGCUUCGUUGUCUCCCACCACGCGGACGACAGCAUCAACGCCCGGCAGUUUCCGCUCCUCGAGCAGGAGAAGAACUUCUGGCUACCCCUCACUGCUGUGGUCGGCUUCCUCCAUCGCAUCGGCCUCGUACCGAACGGAUACUUCGACGUGAUGGAGCGCAUGACCGCCGGAACCGACGCCCUCAUCGAGGCGGACCGGGACGGGCUGGUCUCGUGUGGCUACGUGACGCUGGCCCAGAAGCCCUCCGGCGCCCGGUGAGCGCCUUGUUGAAGGGCGUGCCGCGGGCGGCCGUGCGUCGUACGGUCGCCCCAGCGGCGAGCCGAGAGCCCAGAGACCUGGCGUCUGGAAAACAUCGAGAGGGAGGUUCUCAUAGUUCGGCCUCUCCGGGCCCUUACCUGGCCUCGGGACCGUCAGAAACGAUUCGGGACGAGAAACAGAUCCCGGGGAAGUAGUCGAGAGGCUGGGGGCCCGUGCCUCGAAAAAAUCGAGAUCGACGCCGAAUGUCUGGGAUAGGGUCAGCAGCGGCCAGGAGCGUGCCCAGUCUCGCGUCGGCCUGGCAUGGGUUGGGAGACUCGGAGGAGGGCCAGUCCAGCAGCCGCAGCAGAGGAGGACGGGUGAGGAGCUUGGGGAUGGCGUGGGCCUGUUUUGCACCGAGCUCUGCGCAGCCGACUACUGAUGGGACACGCAUGUCCGCUCGCUGAGUCUUCCACCUGGCCUCAGUGCCACCCCUCCGCUCAGCAGCAUUGCCACUUUCCUCCUGGCGACAUCCCCUCCACUCUGCUGCCCGGCGUAAUUCGAGCUUUUGGGUAUGACUGCAUGCCAGGUUGGCCAUUCAGAUGCGAGUGCGCGGCCCACUGGCAGUCAGCUUGCCGGUGGCCCUCGCUGCACACGUCUCGGUCUGCUCGAGGGAGCGGCAAUCGAGCCCGGACCUGUGUGGGCCGCCAGCGGGCUGCCGGAGCGGCGCUACCGUGCUCUGUGCCGAGCUCUGGCAGUGGCUUCAGUUGCAUGUGCGUCUGUCGUCUGUAAGACGAGAGGUUCACCUUAUCCGAGCACCAGGUCAGCGGUGUGCAACUCUGCGUGUAGCAUGUCUGGAGCACAUGCACCUCUCGGUGCCAAAGCGGCUCUGGCAGGAACCAAAACGAGGUCGCAGUCCCAGAAGCAGUACUCCGACCUCUUCUGAUCCCCCUAGGAGUCGGACACGAGGAGUUGACCUGGCAGCGGGAGGAUCGUCCGAUGCGACAUGUCUUCUUACGGGUGUCGUGAUUUAGUUGUCUGUUUAUUUGUAUUCGCGUAUUGUUUAAGACAGUUGCUAGCCAGCGUGGACAUUAAACAUUGUGUUUCAAGCAGCCACUAUGGUGCAAACUAUGUGAUGCAGUUAAGACGGUGCAGUCGAUGUGGUGCC